AUGUCGAAAAAGGCCCGCAGAGGUCGGACACCAAGAGAACCAAAUGAAGAAGAAAAGCAGAUUAUUAUUUCAGUUAGACAUUGUGCUCGCGAAUUGGAUGAUAUUCUUCAAGGAGCGCGUCGCAAAGCCGAGUCAAAUGCAAGGGUAUUUGCAGAAUCGGCGGCAUCAACCAUGUUUCGUGGUAUCGAGUCUUAUGCGGACAUGUAUGAAAAACUGAAGCUAAAGUCAAGGGAGGCUCUUAGUCGUCUUUUUCAGCGUGCGCACGACUUGGACGAUAUGUUAGAUGCACAGGACGCCAUCGAGGAAACGGAAGGCUGUUGGCGUAACUUCCUUUCAAACGUUGAUAAGGAAAUUGAACAGUCAUCACCUGUUGAUGAUAAAAUGCAAAAUCAUGAGCCUAAAGAUGUGGGAGAUUACAUAGACCUCUCCAAUCCUGUCCUCGUUGACUGUCUGUCAAAUACCGUGUGCACACUCGAGAAUAUUUUAUCAAACCAUCCCAGUCUCCUUCUGAUAUUUCAGCCUGCUUACCUCCCUGAUACUGCUGUUCGGUGGCGAUUUUCAGAAAUAGCAAAAAUUGCGGCAGAUUUCCACAACUUCAACGUGGGUUUCGCGGUAAUAACCUGGGGUCCCGAAGAGGUAGUUCGAACUUGGAGCCAACACCUCUCGAAACAUAUUAGCAAGCCAAUCCUAUGGGAUCGUGAACAGUUUUUCUGCUCGAAUCUGGACUUCAACUACGGUUGUGCUGCGGUAAGCUCCCCAUUGUAA